AUCCUUCUUUGAUCUUCUACAAUCGCCAAUCAACAAACUCCAGGAGGAUCAGGAGCUCGAGGUGCUGUAUCAUCUCAAGUUCUCAAGUUCUCAUCAACCUAUCAUAAUUUUUAACUAUUACAUUCAUCUUCUACAACUAAAUAGAUAUUUUUUCUGCUUCAUCUUCACAUGAUUCGAAAAGCAACAAGAUGGGCGCAAUGAAGAAGGUAAUGAAAAAGGCUAUGAAAGCCGGGAGCACACCGAAGCAGGCAAAAGCCGAGACUAAAACCGAGACUACAUCUACCGAGAAGACUAAAAAAACCGAGACAAAAAAGUCUGAGAACAAAAGCCAGCAAGAAGAGGAGGACGACGCCUUGUCUGGUGACGUCGAACAAGCAGAGGACGUUUCUAUGACAAGUGACGAGGAAGAAGAGGACGAGCAAAUGUGUAAAAGCGCGGACGAGGAGGAAGAUCCUUCCGAUGAAGAAGAAGAGGAUAGUGACGGAGAAGAGUUGAGCAACGAGGGAGAAGAGGAUAGUGAAGAAGAAGAAGAAGAAGAUUAAGGCUUGAAAGUUGACAUCUCUAUGAGCAUCUCUAUGGUUUCUCCAAGUAGGAAAGCCAUAGAUAUGCGGGCUAGAGAUGCCAACCUUCAACCCCUAAGAAGAAGAAGCAACAUCAUCUUUGA